AUGAAGAAAACGACUAGUAGUUCAACAAUGUCAAAAAAUCAAACUACUCUUGGACAAUUUUGGUCAUCUAAUAAAUCUAAAUUAUCAUCAACAACUAAUAUUAAAAAUCCAUCAGUACCUCAACAUAUUGACGACGAUGAUGAUGAUGAUGAUAUCGAAUUAUUAACUGCUAUGGAACAGUUUGAAAAGAAUAAUUUACCUUCUUCUUCGUCUUCUUCUUCUUAUUCUGUUCCAGCAACUAAACCACCUCCAACAACAACAACAUCUACAUCAAAAUGGCCAAUAACCUAUAAACCAGAACAAAAUUCUAAACAAACACAUCAUGGAUCAGUAUCAGCACCUGUAAAUGUAAAUGAACAUAUGCAUACAUAUCCAGAUUUUGAUCGACAAUCAGGAUCUAUUUGGAUUUAUCCAACAAAUUAUGAAAAACGUGAUUAUCAAUAUAAGAUAGUUAGUGAAGCAUUAUUUCAAAAUACACUUGUCGUUCUACCAACUGGUCUGGGAAAAACAUUUAUAGCAGCUGUUGUUAUGUAUAAUUAUUGUCGUUGGUAUCCAACUGGUAAAAUUAUAUUUACUGCUCCAACUAAACCAUUAGUUGCUCAACAAAUGGAUGCUUGUGCUAAAGUAAUGGGUAUUCGAAAGAGUGAAAUGUGUGAAAUGACUGGUGGAGUUAAUCCAGAAGAACGAAAAAGACUUUGGUUAGAAAAAAGAGUCUUUUUCUUAACACCACAAACAUUAAAUAAUGAUCUUGUUAAAACUACAUGUCCAUGGGCAAAAGUUCGUUGUUUAAUUAUUGAUGAAGCACAUCGAGCACUUGGUCAACAUGCUUAUUGUCAAGUUGUUCAAGAAUUAAGUAGAAAUGGUGAAGAUUAUCGUAUUCUUGCACUUAGUGCAACACCAGGAAAUAAUGUCGAAGCUGUACAAAAUGUUAUUCAAAAUCUUAAAAUAUCUCAUAUUGAAAUGUUUACAGAUGAUUCACCUGAUAUUAAAAAAUAUAGUUUUGAUAAAAUAAUUGAUAAAAUUGUUGUUAGUUCUAAUAAAUUAAUGCAAGAUAUGCGACGAUGUAUUUUAAGUAUACUCCAAAAACCAGUUGAAACACUUGCUAAAUUAGGAGUUGUUUAUCAAAAGAAUCCUGAACAUAUUUCAUGUGGAUCACUUAUUUUAACAAUGAAAAAAGUAACAAAAGAUAAGCCAACGAAUUUAAAUGAUAAACAAUACCAAGAAGCUAAAGGUGCAAUUUUCUUUGCCAUAUCAUUCUUUCAUGCACUUGAUGAAUUAGAAAAACAUGGUUUACAAUCUGUAUAUAAUUUCUUUAAAAAAAAAUUAACUGAAGAUAAAAAAAAUGGUUUAUUACAUGCAACAUUUAAACAUAAUACCGAAUUAAAUGAAAUCUAUACUCAAUUACAAAAUCUAUUUGAUUUAUCACAAGUCAGUACACAACAACGACGUGUAACAAGUGUUCAAGUUGCUCAUCCAAAAUUAGCUAAAUUACGUGAAUGUGUUGUUGAACAUUUUCAAACAUUUGAACGUACAAAAACAAAAGCCGAUGAUCAAACACGUGUUAUUAUAUUUAGUGAAAAACGUGAUAGUGUUAGAGAAAUUACAGAACUUCUUGAACAAGAUCGACCAUUAGUGAAACCAAUGUUAUUUAUUGGACAAGCUUCAUCACAUGGUGCUGGACAGGGUAUCAAUCAAAAAUUACAAAAAAAAGUUGUGACUGAUUUUCGUGCUGGUGGUUAUAAUGUACUUGUAGCAACAUCAAUUGGUGAAGAAGGUUUAGAUAUUGGUAGUGUUGAUUUAAUUAUUUGUUUUGAUGCACUUAAAUCACCUAUUCGACUUGUUCAACGUAUGGGUCGAACAGGACGUGCUCGACAAGGUCGAAUUGUUCUUCUUAUGACUGAAGGUAAAGAAGAACGAACAUAUCAUGAAGGUGAAAUGCAACAAAAACGUAUAUUUAAAUUAAUUAUUGAUGGUGCACGUAUGCUAAAUUUAUAUCCUAAUAAUCUUCGAAUGGUUCCAUCUGAUAUUCAACCUAAGUGUCAAGAAAUGGCAGUUAAAAUGACUGAUGAUACUGAUAUAUCGGAUAGACAAAAUAAAAAAAAAUUUAAAGCAAACGAUACAGAUUUUAAUUCAAUAAUAAAUAAAACUAAACAACAAGAAAAUUUGUUGAAAUUAUUUCGUAAAGAUAAAUUGCUUACUGAUAAUGAAUUUUAUCAUUGGGUAAGAAAUUAUCAAUUAAAUGAUGAUGAUGAUGAUGAUAAUGAAAAAUCAAUAUCUACUAAAGAUCGAUUAAAAUUAAUGAUGAAAACAGUUAUUGAAAAAUGGUCAAAUGAACAACGAGAGAUUCAAAGUCAAACAAUGCAUUCAUCUCGAACGAAAAUAUUAGUAGAUUUUAUGAAGAAUUAUACGAAUGAAAGAAUUUUUGUUGAUAUUCCAAAUAAUACAUGGCCAAUGGAUGAACCAACACCAAUUGAAACAGUUAUUCCUGAACGACCAAAAAUGCCAUCACCAUUUGAUCGUUCAAAAUUAAAAGAACAAAUUAAAACAAAAGUAAUAUGUUCACCACUUGAUCUAUCGAAAUUACCCAACGAAUGUGAUCAAUUAUUAAAUCUUCAACCGAUUGUACAUAAAAAAGAUGAAGAAAUUGAUUGUGGAGAUUUAUUUGGUACUGGUUCAACAUUUGAUAUAACAUGUCCAAAGUUGGAAUCAACUAAUAUUGAAUCCAUAUAUGAUAAUGAUGAUGUUAAUACUGGAAAUUUUAAUAUUACAAUGGAUGAUCUGUUUCCAGCAUCUCAAACAUCUCAUUUAUCACCAACAUUACAGAUAAAUGAUGUUAAAUCUCAACAAAAAAGUCUUUUUGAUGAUGAUGAUGAUGGUAUGGAUGAUGAUGAAUUAUUAGAAGCAUUUAAUCAACAUAUGGAAUCAUCAUCAAAUCAAAUAACAAAUCCAAGUCCUGUAUUAGUACUUACAAAUAGAAUUAAUACACAGCAUCAAGAAAAUAUUCAAGCAGCUGAUAUUACAUUACCGAAAUUUGAUUUAGAAUUUAGUUUCGAAGAUAAUAACAGUAUCAGUACACAACAUCAAGAAAUUAUUCAAACAACUGAUGUGACAUUACCAAAAUUUGACGUAGAAUUUAGUUUCGAUGAUACUAAUACAAUUAAUACACAACGUCAAGAAAAUACUCAAACAGCUGAUGCGACAUUACCGAAAUUUGAUUUAGAAUUUAGUUUCGAUGAUAUUAAUACACAACG